CGUGUGUAGGCAGACAGGCAGUCGGAGAGAGAGAGAGAGUGUGCAGGCAGACAGGCAGUCAGUCGGAGAGAGAGAGAGUGCAGGCAGACAGUCGGAGAGAGAGAGAGUGCAGGCAGACAGGCAGUCGGAGAGAGAGAGAGUGCAGGCAGACAGGCAGUCGGAGAGAGAGAGAGUGCAGGCAGACAGGCAGGCAGUCGGAGAGAGAGAGAGAGAGUGAGUGCAGGCAGACAGGCAGGCAGUCGGAGAGAGAGAGAGUGUAGGCAGACAGGCAGGCAGUCGGAGAGAGAGAGAGAGAGUGAGUGCAGGCAGACAGGCAGUCGGAGAGAGAGAGAGUGUAGGCAGACGGAGAGAGGGAGAGAGAGAGAGAGCAGGCAGUCGGAGAGAGAGGGAGAGAGUGAGUGUGGCAGAGUGGCGACGCGCUGAAGGCCGUUCUCGGCGUGCGGCGGUGUUUGGGUGCGGAGGAUCCGCACAGUGAGAGCGCUGCCGCUGUUUCGCCGCUGAUCAGCGCGGGGGUUUAGCUGCAUGUGGGCUCGGAGUCCGUGGAGCCGCGGGUUUAAUACCGCUGUAACCGGUUCGGGAGUCUCGCCGCCUGCACUCGCGCUUUCUAGACGGUUCUUUGCGGUGGAGAGAGAGAGAGCAACAAUACCGGGACACAUGUUGAGUUAACGGAGCCUUCCGCCUCUCUCUUUCCCCGCCUCCCUCUCUCUCUCUCUCUCUGUGGGUGAGUCGGGGUGAUUAGUGGCUGUUCUGUUCCCUCAGCGAUGGAUUUGAGUAAGAUGGCCGUGAGCAUCAACAAGGCGAUAAACACGCAGGAGGUCGCUGUCAAAGAAAAGCACGCCAGAACCUGCAUCCUGGGCACCCAUCAUGAGAAGGGCGCUCAAACUUUCUGGGCAGCCGUCAACCGCCUGCCGAUCUCCAGCAACGCCGUGCUCUGCUGGAAAUUCUGCCAUGUCUUCCACAAACUCCUCCGAGACGGCCACCCAAAUGUCAUUAAAGACUCGCUGCGGAACAAGGGAGACCUCAGCGACAUGAGCAGGAUGUGGAGCCACCUGAGUGAAGGCUAUGGGAAGCUUUGUAGCAUCUACCUCCGACUACUCAUCACCAAAAUGGAGUUUCACAUCAAAAACCCUCGUUUCCCUGGCAACCUUCAGAUGUCGAACAGACAGCUUGAAGAAGCGGGCGAAAAUGAUGUCAAUAACUUCUUCCAGUUGACUGUGGAGAUGUUUGACUACCUGGAGUGCGAGCUGAAUCUGUUUCUUGCUGUGUUCAGCUCUUUGGACAUGUCCCGGUCGGUGUCGGUGACGGCAGCGGGUCAGUGUCGCCUGGCUCCUCUGAUCCAAGUCAUUCUGGACAGCAGUCAUCUGUAUGACUACACAGUCAAACUGCUCUUCAAACUGCAUUCUUGUCUUCCAGCAGAGACGCUGCAGGGGCACAGAGAUCGUUUUCAUGAGCAGUUUAAAAAGCUGAAGAGUCUGUUCUACCGUUCCAGUAACCUGCAGUAUUUUAAAAGGCUGAUACAGAUCCCACAGCUUCCUGAAAAUCCACCAAACUUCCUGCGUGCUUCAGCUCUGUCGGAGCACAUCAGUCCGGUGGUAGUGAUCCCAGCUGAGGCUUCGUCCCCCGAGAGCGAGCACAUGGUGGAGACCGACGAACUCGUGGACACGGACGUCCCGUCCCUGCCGAGUGCAGUGGAGAGCAGGUUCGAUGACCUCUUUGGCACCUCAGCUACCACUGAUCCCUUCAACUUCAACAGUCAGAAUGGCAUGCGCAAAGAUGACAAAGACAGACUCAUCGAGCAGUUGACUGCAGAACUCCAAGCCCUGAAAGAAGAGCUGGAGUCCUUCAGACUGGAGAGUGGGCGUCUGUGUCAGGCUCUGCGGGGGCGUGUCAGCGAGCUGGAGGCGGAAUUAGCUGAGCAGAGCCACCUCAAGCAGCAGGCACUGAGUGAAAGUGAGUUCCUGAAGGCGGAGCUGGAUGACCUUCGCAGGGUGAAGGAGGACACUGAGAAGGAGCAGCGGAGCCUGACGGAGAUUGAAAGAAAGGCCCAGGCGAACGAGCAGCGCUACACUAAACUAAAGGAGAAGUACACUGAUCUGGUCCAGAACCAUGCUGACCUGCUGAGGAAGAAUGCAGAAGUGACUCGACAGAUGACGGUGGCCCGUGCCACUCAGGAUGAGGUGGAGACUGUAAAGAGGGAGAUGGAGGAACGACUGAAAGCAGCUCAGGAGGCAGUCAGCCAGCAGGAGAAAACCCAAGCAGAGCAGCUCCAAGUGCUUCAGGCUGACCUAGUUUCCAGCAGAACAGAACUAGAAACCCUCAAAGCCAGCAUGGCUUCCUCACAGAAGUUAAGUGAGGAGCUCGGUGUGCAGUUGGCUGUGCUGGAGACUGAGAAGGCUGGGCUUGUGGAGACCGUGUCUCAGAAGGACGUGGAGCUGGCAGGUCUGGGGGCCGAAUUGGAGCGAGUGCAGAGCAGCCUAGCAAGCGAGAGGGAGAGCGGCGUGAAGGCUGCUGAAGCGCUGCAGAAUCAACUCAAUGAGAAGGAGAGUCGUGAACAGGCACUGGAGAGUGAGAUCGCUUCUGUACGCUGGGCGACUCUGAGGGCAGCGCUGGAGGAGGCAGACAGGGUUCUCCAGGAUAGUCUGGCCCAGCUCGAUGAGCCUGCACACACAAGCUGCACCAGCUCCGCCGAUUACCUUAUAUCCAGGUGCCAGGCUGCUUUAGCGUGUGUGGACAGAGUCCAGUCAGCCAAGGACCGCUUCGUAUCCGAUAACGCAGACGUGUCGGAGCUGGUGCGGGCCGUGGCUCAGCUGGCCCACCUGGUGGGUGAUACUAUUGUACAGGGUAGUGCCACUGCCCACAUGGUCUCAGUGGAACAAGCUGAUGUGCUAACAUCUUGUGUGAAGAUGUGUGGAGCUGAGGCCCUGACCCUGGUAGCUGAGCUGAAGGAGCAGGACUCGCUGGCUACAGCAGACAGCAGUGGACUCCGAGCGGCUUUGGGCAGUGUGCUGGACACGGCGCAGAAGUUGCGGCCGCGGGGUUUGGAGCUGCAGCAGGGAGAGCUGGGAGAUCUGGUGGAGCAGGAGAUGGCAGCCACUUCAGCAGCUGUAGAGUCCGCUGUCUCCAGAAUAGAGGAAAUGCUGAACAAGUCCCGAGCAGUCGACUCUGGUGUCAAAAUGGAAGUGAAUGAAAGGAUUCUGGCCUCUUGCACAGAGCUCAUGCAGGCCAUUAAAGUGCUCGUACUGGCGUCUAAAGACCUGCAGCGCGACAUUGUGGAAGGUAGCAGAGGUGCAGCGACUAUAAGAGAGUUCUAUGCUAAGAACUCCCGCUGGACUGAAGGCCUCAUCUCCGCAUCCAAGGCUGUGGGCUGGGGAGCUACUGUGAUGGUUGAUGCAGCUGAUCUGGUGGUGCAAGGGAAAGGGAAAUUUGAGGAGCUGAUGGUGUGCUCGCACGAGAUCGCCGCUAGCACAGCUCAGCUUGUAGCUGCAUCAAAGGUGAAGGCAGACAAGGACAGUCCCAAACUCGCUCGUCUGCAGCAGGCGUCUAGAGGGGUCACUCAGGCGACUGCAGGCGUCGUGGCUUCAACCAAGUCUGGGCAAUCCCAGAUUGAGGAAACUGACACUAUGGAUUUCACCAGUAUGACACUUACACAGAUCAAGAGGAAAGAGAUGGACUCCCAGGUGCGUGUGUUAGAGCUGGAGACGCAGCUUCAGAAGGAGCGUGAGCGUCUCGGUGAGCUGAGGAAGAAGCACUAUGAGUUGGCUGGCGUGGCUGAAGGUUGGGGCGAGCAAGAGGAGGGAACGGGGUGAAGCGCGUAUCCAAAUGCAGUGGCCCAGACUGGGCUUGUGCCUGCUCUCUGGCACUCACUUAUUCCUCAGUGUCCCUCCCCUUUCUCUCUUCACACCUUUUAUCCUUUAAUAAUGAAUGAAAAGCCAAAUAAAAAGGUGCUUUUACUUUAACCCUGUUCCUCCUCCUCCUCCCUGUGGAGUCAGGACACUUUUACAGGAGGAGCAAAAGAGGAGACGGUGUCCCAUUAAGAGCAGGAUGAAGCCUUGAAGGCAUAAUGGCAGAGGGAAAACUGCACCGUCAUUGACCUUUUGAGUUUCAUUUCCCAUCCACUAUCAAUUCCGAGACCUCAUGUGUCACACGAGGCGAGCAGCAGUUACUGACGCUGUGCCGUGAGCUUCCAGAUGAGCCGCUUCCCAGGCGGCGGCGGCAUCAGCAGCAGCAGCGUGUGACUUCCAGAACUCAUUCGUCACUUUGUGGACACACAACCCAUCAGACAAGCUGCUGAGCCUUCUCUGAACUGUCCCCUGCCAGCCCUCGUCCCCACAGUGGCCUUGCUCUGGACUCUGAGCUGAUAGUGAGUGUACAACCCACGAGAGAGGCUUCCCUCCGCACGAACACUAACGACUGUCUGUCUGAAAACUGAACUAAACUCCGCUUCUCCCCGUCUCGCUUCUUCUGUGUACAUGUAUUUGCAGUGGUUUUUUUUUUUUUUUUUUUUUUAAACCAUGCUUCCUGAGCAGUAGAUUUUUUUCAAAAGUAGCCUGACCGGGCUUUUAACUGUUUAAAAAUAUUAUUUAAUACACCGAUCACAUUUUAGUUAAAGGGACUGAAUUAUAAUCCCAUGUUUAAUUGUGUAUCAGUGAUCUGUCAGCAAAGACAUCAACCACAACACAUUUCAUCUAACUUUGUCCAUGACUGAAGACAAAUCGACUGUUUUCAUGACCCUCUGCUGCAGGUGGAGGAUGUUUUGAUGAGUACCCGGGACACUGAGCUCUUUUCUUCUCCAUAACUUCCUCCUUGACUGACUGUUUUCCUCUGGUGCCCUUAGAUGACAUUAGUAGCGCCGCUGGUAGCCUCUGUUCACACUCUUAUCAAGUGUUAAUACCACCGGUGUGUAUGUUGACUUUGUACUUCCUUUUCCACAUACAGGACAUCAGCACACAUGAGGAGAGACAGCUGUGCCUUCUAAAAGGUCAAAGUUCACAUUCCCUAAAUAAACCUUUAAUGUCUGUAGCCUUGGAACGGUAUUAUAAAGGUUCGGUCGCCUGGUUCGGUGAUGCCUUAUGGAGAGUGUGUGUGUUGGACGAGUUGUUUUUGUUGAUUUUUAAUGCGUUUGGAACUUCCAGCACAGUUUCCUCCAACUGGUCCACAGAGAAGACAUUCAGAAAGGACAAGGACACAAAUGUCUAAAAGGGAGGCUUAUGAUGUAAAGCCGUGCAAGCCGCCAUUCCUACCCCCCACCCCCCCAACACCCCUGUUUGCUAAAGCAAUCUAGACCGGAUAGCCUUGUAGACCACCACUGUUUUACGAGCACAGCCUACAUUUGGGCCCAAAAACCACCUGUCUUCGAUCUUUACAAGUCUUCAGUUACCUCAGCUCCCUCAUAAAGCAAAGCUAGCAGACAAGCAUGGGUUCAUUUGACAUUAACAAAUGUUCACAUACGGCGCUGAGAUGUGUGCAUGUGACACGAAGCUAUUCUACUAAUACCAGGUAUGAAAUGACUGUGAGAGCGAGUUUGAUUGAGAAGGCUCAAAAUGUGUUAUGUCUUGAACAUCUUUGCCCUGUUCUUGUUGCACUGCUUUUGCUGUUUUUGUAAGUUGUAACACUGGGUAUUUAAUUGAAUCCGUUUUGUCCCCACCGCUCCGUUUCCAUGUCUCGCCUUCCGUUAUGGUUCAUGUCUUUUAUAGUCUUACCAGCCUUCCAACUGCCUCUCACUUUAGCUAGUCGGAUGAUAUACAAAUACUUGGUAACAUUUUUGGACGAUAUCUUUAUAUGAUGUACUAAACUGAGUGUUUUUAUUUCUUUUUUUCUUCAAUAAAUAUAGUAAUGUGCUUUAAAAUUAUAA